GGCUCUCGGCGUCUGCGGCUCUGGGCGGCGUGGGAAAGGACAGCAUGAACUUUACCCCGACGCAAUCUCCUGUCUGCAGAAGGCUGACGGCUCUCCCCAAGCAGGAGGCUGCCGGUGGCUUCAGUGGCCCCACCAGGUGGAAGGGGGUGUCUUUCUCCGAUUCCGUGCAGUCAACUCCCUUGCCUUCAGUGGAAGAUCGUCUGGCCGUCCUCUGCCCUUCUCAGGAGCUUCUAGAAUAUUACCAGAAGAUGAUGUCUGAGUGUGAGGCAGAAAACGAGGGCCUGUUGAAGAAGCUGGAGCUGUACAGAGAGGCCUGCGAAGGGCAGCAUAAACUUGAAUGGGAUUUGCAGCAAAGGGAGGAAGAGAUUGCUGAGCUGCGGAAAGCUCUAAGCGACGUGCAGGUCUGCCUCUUCCAGGAGCGGGAGCAUGUCUUACGCCUCUACUCAGAAAACGACCGACUGAGAAUCAGGCAGCUAGAAGACAAGAAAAAGAUUCAGAAUCUCUUGGCUCUUGUGGGAACAGACACUGGAGAAGUGACCUAUUUUUAUAAGGAGCCUCCCAACAAGGUCAGCAUUUUCCAAAAGACUAUCCAAGCUGUAGAAGUAAGUGAACAGAAUGAAUCUUCAGCUUUCAGAGCAGAUUCUAAAGGCAGCAGGAGAAAACCAGCAGUGAGACGGAAGGAGGAGAGUGCCCAGCUGCACCAGAGGGACGUGGAGACCCUCAUCCUGCAGCAGUGCUUUUCUGAACCUGCAGUUCGUUCAGCUCGUAGGCCGAGCCCUCCCAACAAAGCCAUCACAGUUAGAACUCCCUCUGGAGCUGGCGCCGAGACACACAGAGCUGCAGUUGUCUGUCCCGAUACACUGACCUUCAGGGAUGAGUCCAUUUGUCUGGUGGAAGCGCUGCAGGCCCAGCUGGAGGAGCGGAGCAGGCUCUCGCAGGAGCAGGUGGCGGGGCUCGUGGAGGAGAGGCGGAUCCGCAUGGAGGAAGUGCAGGCUCAUCAGCAGAGGGAUCGGGAGAGAGUCGCAGAGCUCACCAGAAAUCUCCAUCACGCCAAGGAACUGCUCUACGAGAGCACCAAAGACUUCUUGCAACUCAAAUUUGAAAACCAAAACAAGGAGAAGUCCUGGAUGCUUGAAAAGGAUCAUUUGAUGUCAAAGAUUAAGCAAUACAGGGUGCAGUGUAAGAAGAAAGAAGAUAAAAGUGGAAAAGUUUGGCCAGUUCAUGAGAGCCAUUACAACCAAAAUGAAUACAUUAAGUCCCUGAAGGAAAAGAUAGUACAAGAGAAAAAGCUGUCCAGCAUGUACCAAGAGCAGUGCAUUUCCCUAGAAGAAGAACUUGCCCAAAUUCGUGAGGAGGAGGGAGUGAGGAGAGAGAUCUUUAAGGAUCGCACCAACAAGAUGGGGAGGCGCCUACAGGUCAUGACGAAACGCUACGAGGCCUUGGAGAAACGACGUGUCUUGGAAGUAGAAGGCUUUAAGACUGAUAUUAAGGCUCUCAAGCAAAAACUGAAAGACUUGGAGCAGAUGCUCUAUAAGGCAACACUUAACACCCGGGCAAACCAGGAUCUUGCCAUCCUGUGUGAGGUUCGUGACAGCAACAGACGGGCACAUAGAAUACAAGGAGAACUGAAGAACCUCAAGUCCAAAGUAUUCAGCCUGGAGAACGAACUUAGACUCUGUUGAUGUUUACUUUUUAGGACUGGCACUCGUCUGGAGUAGGUCUGCUUCCUGAAAUGUGAGGAAAAGGUCACCUUCUCCCAGAAACCGUAGGCACAGAGUUGUCUAGGGUAGUGGUAUCCGUUAUUAUAAAGGCAAGGUAAAGAUGAGCUUUUUUUGCAUCCUAAGCUUUAUGAUUUUUUGCUUAAAUUAAAACCUUUUCUGUGUUUUUUU